GGGAAGGAGGCUGUAUACUCUUACAGUCCCCAGGGCUCUGUAGCCUCUCACCUUCCUGCCUAUCCCUGAUCCUUGCCUACCCUGUAUUUAUUAUCAAGUUUGUUGUUUAUAUGGAUGGCUGAGAGGCCCUGCACUAUAACUUAGGCUCCUAGUGCCCUUUUCCUUGGGUUCUUUUGCUCCUUGACCUGUCCAACCCUGGACAAUUGGCUCUACCUCAGCAACUUUAUAGCAGAACCAGUGCAAAUAAAAAUCCCUCAGUGACCUCACUAGUUGUGAGUAUAUUAGACACGGGAAACGGUUGGGGGCCAUCAGCCUGUGUGAGGUGGGUGUGUAUGCUUGGUGUUGGUGACUGUAUUUAGUCACAGUGAAGACAUGGUUCAUAAUGGAAAUCUGACUGCAUUCAUUCAGCACUUUUUACAGGUUUCUGGUAUCAGAUAUUAAAGUAGGCUUAUUUGUCAGGAUUCCUUCUGAGACUUUCAGAGGAGAAACGACCAAAUCAGAAAAUACCAGGAACUACCAGAGGGUUGUGGGAGCUCAGAUGAGACUUAUAAAGGUAUUUCAGAAGACUUCUGAAGAGUUUACAUAUUUGAGUGCUGAAGAUCUCGUUAGUAAGCCUAGAGAAAAUGUAAAAAUUGUACAGGGCAGUACACUGAUAUGCAAGCUUCCAGAGGUUGACGUGGUUAGGGUCAGCAGGUACUUUUGGUGUUUGAAUUUGUUCCUGAGAGCAAGCUAGGAGACAUUAGAAAAACCUGUUUGGUGCCACGUGACAGAUCAUUAGCCAUUUGUCCCUAAGGAAUUGGUGCCUGGCUGUCUGGGCAGCAGGACUCAGUGACCGAGCGAGCUACCGCCCCGGAAAUGACGCGCUGCCCCGCUGGCGGUGCGGAAGUGGAGAUGGCGGAGCUCUAUGUAAAGCCGGGCAACAAGGAACGCGGCUGGAACGACCCUCCGCAGUUCUCGUACGGGCUGCAGACUCAGACUGGUGGACCCAAACGCACACCCCUUACUAAAAGGGUCGCGGCCCCACAGGAUGGAUCCCCUAGAGUCCCAACUUCAGAAACUUCUGGACCACCUUCAGUGGGUCAUCCACCUCCUUCAAGUAAGGCCUCCAGGCCUCCACCUAUGGGGACAUGUCCUGCUGCUAGUGUGGAGCCCCCAAGCUCCCCAGUCACUGAAUCUGAAGCUCUGAUUGAAGAUGUAUUGAGACCUCUGGAACAGGCACUGGAGGACUGCCGUGGCCACACAAAGAAACAGGUGUAUGAUGACAUCAGCCGACGCUUGGCACUGCUUCAGGAACAGUGGACUGGAGGGAAGCUGUCAAUGCCUGUGAAGAAGAGGAUGGCGCUACUAGUGCAAGAACUUUUACACCACCAGUGGGAUGCAGCAGAUGACAUUCACCGCUCACUCAUGGUUGACCAUGUGACUGAGGUCAGUCAGUGGAUGGUGGGAGUUAAAAGAUUAAUUGCAGAAAAGAGGAGUCUGUCUUCAGAGGAGGCCAAAGAAGAGAAGUCGACAGUGACACCCGAGAACCAGACAGUACUGGGCUUCCACAGCCUUCAUAACCCUGGGGGCUCCCCGGACUCACUCAAAUGAUCUAUCUAUGCCUUGGUGUGGAAGGCUCUUUUCACUUGGCUCCCAUUACCACCAGGGGAGACUAUUGGCCCUGUUGGGCCUGACCAAAGAUUCUAUCUGGGCCACUGCAAGAUCACUUGUUACUCAUAAUAUGUACAUUUCAAUAAACAUCCCAAUGGUGGCAAGUGGGUAGGAAAGAUGA